GCAACCCCGCACCAGUUCCUCUUUGCCCCAGUUGCUCCUGCGCAGAGGCCCAGUCACCGGGGACCUCGUUGAUCGUGCUUGGUGCUCUGUGGCUCCGGCCACGUCCAGGGUGGAUCCAUGGGUGUUAUCCCAGCCUGGGUGCUGCUGCCCCUACUGCAGGAACUAGCCCGCCCAGGCCUUUCCUGCUCCGUGGUCUCCAGGGAUGUGGACUGGACCUUGGAAUUUGAUGCCACGUGCCUGAAUUUCAGCGGCCAGGGUGUGCAGCUGCCUCAGGACCGGCCUCUGCGUGCCAGUCACUUGCAGGUCCUCGAUCUGUCCGACAAUGGCCUCCAGGAGCUCCCACCCACCUUCUUUGCAGACCUGGGCAGGCUACAGAUCCUCAAUGUGGCCAAGAACCCGCUGACCCAUGUGGCGGCCACCUUGGCCUCCCGCUGCGACCUCGAUCUCCAAGCCGACUGUGGCUGCGCCUUGGCCACCUGGCACCAGGUCCGGCAAGACAACUGCUCGGGCUGGUGGUCCCUGCAGUGCAUGCACACGGCCACUGGGGCCUUCCAAAACCUGUCCACCUUCCUGGAGGCCAGCUGUCCCCCCGGCCUGGCACCAGCUACCAUUGGGGCAGCCGUGGCCGGUGCCUUUGUCUUCUUUGGGUUCAUUGUGGCUGGCUCAGUGCUGGCCUGGAGACUCUGGGACCAGCGAGGGCCCCUGGGCCAGGGCAAAGGCUGGGAUGCUCAGGACAGAGCUGGAGCCAGAGCCAGGCCCGGCCUGCAGCUGAAGUACAGCAGCUGGAGGCCCGGCCCCACGCCCCAAGGGGACACCUUGACCCCCACACCCACCCCGGACUAUGAGAAUGUGUUCAUCGGCCAAGCAGCCAAGGUGCCCCAGCAGACUCCACACAAGGAUCCGGCUUCUGAGGACAGCGACUUCUACAUGAACUACGAAGGCCCCAGCAUGUAUCCCCAGGCCAUCUACUGCAACUUGGAGUCCCAAGUCCAGGCCCCACUGGAUGAAGAGGAUUAUGUGGUUCCUGGAUGCUGAGCCGCUUGGCCGCCUCCAUGCUGCCCUUCUGGGGUCUGCCAGGGAGGGCAUAGUGUGAUCCAGCUGCUCCCUAGCCAGAGUACCCGCCCAGCAGAGCACAGGGGAUGGAGGAAGCCCACCCUCAUGGCUCCGGGGACCCCUUCUCAGGGGUGCUUUGCCAUCAGGCUCCAGUGGGACAGACGAGGGGCUAGAGGACCACAUCUCCCCUCCUUUCUGUGCAGCUGGUGCUCAAUAAAAGCUCCAGGAGUCACAG